UGGUGAUGAUGGUGAGUGAAACCAUACACUUGAGCAGCACUCCAUAACCCCUUCUCCCAGUCAGCUCCUCUUCUUCGCUCCCCCGUUGCCAUGACAACCACCCUGGAGACCAUGCUGCUGCCUCCGGACCAAGAACUGAGCCCCGAGCGACUGGAUGCCUGCGGCGACACCAGCGGACGCUACAAGGUGGUGCCGUCGGUAGUGUGCUCCAUGUGCUGCCUCUUUGGUAUCAUCUACUGCUUCUUUGGCUAUCGCUGCUUCAAGGCGGUGAUGUUCCUGACCGGCCUGAUGUUCGGCUCUGUCGUUAUCUUCGUGCUCUGCUACAAGGAGCGCGUCCUGGACACCCAGCUGAGCGCGGAGGCCUCGGUCGGCGUUGGGCUGGGCAUCGGGACGCUCUGCGGCCUGGUCACCAUGCUGGUCCGCAGCGUGGGCCUCUUCAUGGUGGGCCUGCUGCUGGGCCUGCUGGUGGGUGUGGCUACCCUGGUGGGCAUGGCGGAGCUAUCCGAGGACCCGUCGCGCUCCGUCUGGGUGCCCCUAGGCGUGCUGCUGGGCCUGGGCAUGCUGUUUGCUGUACUGACCCUGCAGUGGCAGCGCCUCUUCACCACACUCUCCACGGCUGCGUUCGGUGCUGCCAUCAUCACCGUGGCCUUGGACUACUUUGUGGAACUCUUUGCCCUGGUGCUCUACAUUUAUGAGCGGAUUAAGGUUGAACCAGGAAAACCCGUGUGCUGGAUGACCUGGGUGGUGCUCGGAGUGUGGCCCUCCCUUACCCUGCUGGGAGUCUUAGUUCAAUGGAAAGUGACAGCAGAGGGAUACUCCCACACCAAAGUCAUCAUCAGCCGGCAGCAAAGGAGGAUGCAGGUGAUGCGGAUCCGUCAGCGGGACGACCGCUACCGCAACAAGAAAAAGAAAAAGCAGCAACAUGGCUCCUCCCACCACAGUCAGGCCAAGCAGCUCCACGCCGAGCCCGCCUACCGCCGCAAGCCCAACCCCAUCCGCCGCUACGACACAGACGUCCUGUCGCCGAGUUACAUCCAGAGUUUCCGGGACCGGCAGGUGCAAGAGCAACCCUUUUCAGGACGCCUGGUCGGAGGCUCCCAUGCUGUGGUGGAGAUGGGAUAUGACUGUGGCUCCACUACACCCCUGACUGGUGCAGCUGGACUUCCUCUCCGGGCCUGACCACCGCUCCGCUUCCCAAAAGCUUAACCAGGGAGAAAGAAUCACUUCCCAACCUUUUAGACGAUCACAACAAAUCACUGCUGGGUUUAAAGAUUCUGGCUUCAGCCCGGGUCCAUUCAUCCACCGAAAUGCAAGGAAACAUUUUGAGCUGACUCAGCUGACUCUGGUUGGUGAUUUUCAGGAGUUUAUCUUUUAAAAAAGUCACUCUUUCAUUGUACACACUGAAAACAAAGAAAAGGAGCCGUCUGCUGGACCAAUCCCCCUGAUUAGUCUGUCUUGUCUUCAGUCAAGCCAGAUCAGGUGCCAGAGUUUCCCUGUGGACCCAGUUCAGGUUCUAACACACAGAUUAAGUCAGAAGAAGAAUCCUGUCCAGGUUUUUUCCUUUAUUUAUUUAUUUUUUCCAUCUAUCGCUUCAGGAAUAAGGAAAACUUCUUGUUUCUUGUGCCAUUUGGAAAACACAGAGACUUUGAGAUCUUUAUUAUGACUUUGAUGUUUUUAUAAAGGGGAAACCCUUCGUCACCCUUGGUGCUCCGUUUCAAACUGCUUUUAGAAAACUGAGGAGGCUCAGUCCCUAUUCGGACCACACACGUAAGCUACAAUGAGCUGAGCUUAAGGAUGUUUUCACUGGACGGAGAAGCUGUUUACACUGGCACCUCUCGUUAGAUCUCACCUGAAUCAAACACAAGACCCACUUUUCUUAGUCUGUUAGUGAAACACCAGCUGCAGAAAGAUUAAAAAAAUCAACAGAUUUAAAUAAAAUUUAUUCCAGAAAGUUACCCUUUUUUUCUAGGUUAAAGGGGUUUAUCUUCAGGACAAACUGAUGAAGACUUACAGUCAGUAUUUAAUAUAUGGUGCAUCUGCCAGUUUAAGGGAUUGUGUGUGUCUGUGUGUGUGUAGGACAGUGAGGAGACGGAGCAGAGCAGCAGGAGGAAAUUAGUUCUGUGUU